AUGUCCAAUCAAGAAGAUAAUUUAAACAAUACAAUGAAUAUCCUUAAAGAUGAUGACGAUGGUAAUGACAAUGUUGAUGACGGUGAUGAUGGUGAUGAAGUAUCACCUCCUGAUGGUUCUGAUGAAAAUUCAGCUGAGGAAUUACAAACCAAUAAUAGUAACAGUAAUAAUAAUAAUAAUGAUAACCAAGAGGAGAAAAAUCAAGACCAACCAAAACCUACAAAUGACGAUAAAGAUAAAGAUAAGAUUCCUGAAAGAAGAUCAACAAAGAAAUCAAUGAAUGAGGAGAGGUCAUCAACACAUCAAAAGAAUACAUCAGAGAGUAAUCAAGAUACUAAAGAUUCUCCAGAGAAUGGAGAGGGUGAGGGUGAGGAGGAUGAUAGUCAAAAUGAUGCUAUAAAACCAAAUGAACAACCAAAGAAAAUUAUGGAUCCUGAAUUUUAUUAUGAAAUUCAUGAAUAUUUAGCAGGUCCAAUGAUUUCAGAAGAUUCUGGGAUACCAGAGAAUCUAUUGACUAUCUAUCAUCAAUUCGGUAUGGAUGCAUCACGUAGAGAGAAUCUACAGUUGCUUGAGAAUAGCGUACUUUGUCAUAUCUUUGGUAAUUACUUACAAAUUAUGAAUACAGAGACACGGGAAAAACUACUCAUACGUUCAAUAAGUGGUGUUGGAAUUGGGGCAUUUUCAGUUCAUCCAAAGCACAAUUAUAUAGCGAUAGCUGAAAAGGGUACACUACCAUUUGUGUGUAUUUAUCAAUAUCCCGAAAUCAGAUUAUAUCGAAUAUUAAAGGAGGGUACACAAACUGCAUAUUCUGCAUGUCAAUUCAGUCCAGAUGGUGAAAUGAUCGCUACAGUCGGUUGUGAUCCAGACUAUAUGCUGACUUUAUGGGAAUGGCGAAAUGAACAGAUUGUGUUGAGAGCUAAAGCUUUUUCACAAGAUAUUUACCGGGUAGCUUGGUCAACAGAUUUAUCUGGUGUUUUAACAACAGCCGGUGUUGGACAUAUAAGAUUUUGGAAAAUGGCGCAUACCUUUACAGGAUUAAAACUUCAAGGAAAGCUAGGCAAAUUUGGUAAAGUUGAAUUAACAGAUAUUGAAGGAUUUGUCACGCUACCAGACGGGAAAGUUCUAACUGGUUCUGCAUGGGGUAAUCUACUUGUUUGGGAUGGUGAAUUAAUUAAAGUGCAAAUUUCACGUAAAGGCAAACGACCUUGUCAUAAUGGAUAUAUUAUGCAAAUUGUUAUGGAUGAAGGCGAAUUGAUGACAAUUGGUCAAGAUGGAUGGAUCAGGACAUGGGAUUUUGAAACUGUCGAUACAGCAGAAUGUUCAGAAGAAGGUGCUCUAUAUGAACUGGAACCAAUGAAUGAAUUACGUGUUGGUACAAAGGCACGUUUAACGUAUAUCGUUAAAAUUCCUAUACCUGAUUCAACAAUGUGGUAUGCACAAGAUUCUGAUGGUGCUAUAUGGAAACUGGAUUUAUCCUUCUCGCAUACAUCACUGGCACCUGAACUAUUGGACGAAUUUCAUGCAAAUGAUAUUGUUGACUGUGUUACAUCACCGCUGACAUAUUGUGCAGCUACAGUUGGUCUUGACGGCAAGGUAUGCAUUUAUGAUAUUGUUCAAAAACAAGUAAUUGUUGAAAGAAGAUUUCCAUCAAGUGGUUCAACAAUCAUAUGGAGUCCACCACAAGUUGAUCCAAAAGGUAAAAUUUUGGUUGUUGGUCAUCAAGAUGGUGUAUUACGUUUGUUAAAAUUUGGUGAAAAUCCUGAAGAGCCUAGCAAAAGGACAAAAGAUUUUGCUUUACUAGAUCUUGGACAAGCUCUGAAACCUCACAAGAUGGCUAUUACUUCAAUGAUAUACAGCCCAUCUGGAAGAAUAUUCAUCACUGGGAGUAAAGAUGAAACACUUUUCUUCUUCAAUGUUCAUUCUACCCAUCUAUCACCAAUCGGUUUUGUACAUGUUCAUGAAAAAGUUGUCCGUCUGGAAUGGUAUUAUGUCAAUAAUAAACCUACAAAUGAAGUUAUAGUUUAUCUUGAAAAUGGUUGUGUAAUAACAAUAGAAUGUCCAUCAGAGAAUCAAAUAUAUGAUCAUUCUAAAACAUUUGCUUUAUCACAAUUUCAAACAACACAUUCCUAUCAAUUAUUGAGUAUUAAGUCACGUUUAGAACAUGAUGAAGAAUCUGAGGUGAAAUUGGAAAGAUAUGAAAAAGAAAAAGAAAUGAGGCAAGAAAUUCGACGAAUGAAUGCACGUCUCCAACCGGAAACAGAAGAGGAUAAACAAAAAUUAGAUGAUGAAGAGGAACUUAUUCGUCAAGGUGUUAUGUCUGAGAUAGCUGAUUGGGCACCAACAUAUCCGACAAGUCCAUCUCCUCUACUCUAUGGUUGCUUAGAUAGAAAUGAACCAAAUCAUAUUUGGAUGUCACUGGGGGAAUUCGAUAAAGGCUAUCUGUAUAAAUGUAAACUAGGCGGUCCUGUGCUGACAAUUGAUGAAGCCGUUGAAAAAGUUCGUAAGGAGAAGGCAAAUAUUAAAAAACAAAAUCAAAUUAAACAUGAUAUGGAAAGUGGUCAAACAGAAGUGGAUCAGUCAUCGGCAACAACAACAACAACAGCUACAACCACAGCGACAACAACGAUAACUACCGACACUAAUAAUACUGAACAUAUUAACAAAAAGGGCACUCAUGAAAUUAUCGAUCCACAGAGUAUUACACUUGCUGAUAGAAUACCUGUCACUGAGCCGAAUAAAGCAGUUCGUAUGUCAGAGAAAAAGGAUACCUGUGUCACAUAUUGGACAUUUUCUCAAUCUGGUUAUCGAGUUCUGAUUGGUUAUGAUGAUGGUGUUAUUCGUGUCCAGUUGUUAGAGAAGGCCUAUGAUUUAACAAGUUUUAAAGGUUAUUGGAUAUUUCGAUUGCAUGAUAAUCAGCGAGGACGUGUUAAUCGGAUAGCUUUAACAUAUGAUGAAAAAUUUGUACUAAGUGCUGCAAGUGAUGGAACUCUAUUUGUCUGUGAAUUAAUGACAGAAGAAUUACAAGAUAAAGAAAUGAAAGAAUAUCGUGCAAGAAUUCCAUCAACAUUUGAUACCAGUGUAAAAGUUGACGAUAUUACUGAUCCUAAAGCAUACAGUAUUGAAGAAUAUAAACAGAAAUCAGAAUAUGAUCGUCUAAUUGAACAGGCAGAGCAGAAGAAAGCAGAAACCAGACUAAAAGUUGCUGAAUUAAGAAGACGUUUUAAAAAACUCAAGGAUCGUAAUGAACGUCUACCAGAAAGAAUUCGUCUUCCUACUUCGUGGGAAGAAUUACAGGCUAUGAAACCACCGGAUGACUAUGAAGAUCCAAAAGAUGUAGAAGCGAUCCGGUUAGCUCAAGAACAAAUGGGUGAUUAUAAGCUGAAAUCAGCUACGAACUAUGUAAUACCAGAAAGUAUGAAACUGAACACAUUCGGUGCUAAAUAUCGACUACUUAGCAUUGUAGACAAAACAUUUGAAUUACGUCAUGAAUUCAAUGCCUCUUUAUUAAAUUUACGUGAUAAAAAAAUGAUGAUACUGGAGGAAUUGAAAAGAAUAGAUGGACAGUUAGAAAAAGUGAAUUGUGAUUUACCAGUAGAAGAAAUUGGCAUACGGCUACACUUGGAAGAACUUGAUAUAGAAGAAUAUCCAGAAAAAAAAUAUACAUAUGACAAUGAAAUUCUGAUGGAAUUUAAGAAAAAAUUAGAGAAAGAAGGAACUAAAAUUCAGGCUGAGAAAAAUUAUCACCAAGGCGGUGAACCAACGACAACAACAACAGCUGUCAAGAAGUCAUCAGGCACAAAGGUAUCCUUCACUGAUUCAAUUCUACCCUCAGAAAGAAGUCUACGUACUGAACCAGAUAUGACUAGUGAUUUCUGUGAAAGUGAACAAAUUGUCAAAUCAAUUGUCUGGUUCCCAUUACAUUAUUUAACUGUGAACACUUAUCAACUGUUUCCUAAUGAUUAUCCUGGUAAAUUAUUUUCACUGAUAAAAUAUUAUUCACAGUAUAAAACUUUUAAUGAAAUCUCAGUAUGUCAGGUGAAUGACAAUGUCAUUUUAGACGAUCAUCCGAUAGACCAACAACAACAACAACAACUGCAACAACAACAACAAUCACAAGAUGGAAAUAAUUUAAUUAAAAUAUGCUUAUCACGACCGAUAAGACCAGACAAGGUGAAUUCUUGUCAUAUUCAAAAAUUUGAAGCUGAUCUAAUCGAUAAAACAGAUAUGACGGAUAAAAUGGAGUAUAAAACUUUUAAUGAAAUCUCAGUAUGUCAGGUGAAUGACAAUGUCAUUUUAGACGAUCAUCCGAUAGACCAACAACAACAACAACAACAACUGCAACAACAACAACAUUCACAAGAUGGAAAUAAUUUAAUUAAAAUAUGCUUAUCACGACCGAUAAGACCAGACAAGGUGAAUUCUUGUCAUAUUCAGAAAUUUGAAGCUGAUCUAAUCGAUAAAACAGAUAUGACUGAUAAAAUGGAGGUGAUAUCACUAAUGAGUGAUCUGGAAACCAAUCCAAGUGAAGGCAGUUACAUUCCAAGAGGUAUUCGACCUAGGAAAACUAUAACAAUAAACAAUGUGGAAACUGAACUACAAAAACAAAGAUACAUUCGAGCUAAAUAUGAACGUGAUAUGUUGUUGGCAACAGCAAGUCGACUUGUUCGUUGUUUUGACGCUGAAUUACGUCUGUUAAGACAUGCACGAUUCAAAUUGGAUGUAUUGCUGAAAAGAGCUGAUCUGCAUCAGUUAACGCUGUAUGAUGAAUUUCGUUUGUUAAAAGAAUUUGAAAAAUCAGAACAUGUUUUAACGGAGAAAAAACAGAGUCGAUCAGAAGAGAAACAUGAAAUUAACCAAAAGGUGAAUGAAGUCACGGCAAAAAUUGAACAGAAAAAGAAAGAAUUAGAACGUCUUGCCCAACGUGAACAUCAAAUUCAUGAAGAAUUUAAAGCCAAUAUAAGUGAUUCACAUAAAUUUGCUGAAUUUCUUACAAAAGUAUUUAAAAAACGAAUUAAACGCAAAAAACAAGAAGUAUUUCAUUCUGACGAGUCACAAUCAGAAGAGUCUUCAUCGUCUGAUGAAUCAAGUUUUGAUGAAUCGGAGGAUGAAAGUGGUACAGAAGACGUGGCUAUCAUGGAUUUAGACACUUGUCCACCUGGAUGUCCUGUAGAAGAUUUUGAACACACGUGUUUAAUAAGAGAAAAACGUUUAGAUAUUGAAGAAGAAAUGGCUGAAGAGAAAAAAGCCUUAGAGUUGUUAAGAAAAGAUUUGGAGACAUUCACUAAAAAACAACGUGUCAUCGAAGCAGCACUGAAACAAGCUCAAAGUGAAUUAGAAGCUUUUCAGUUAGAGAAACAACGUAAAUUAAAUGAAUUAGAAAUUAUUGUCAUUCUUCGAUUAGAUCAAAUUCAUCACUAUACGAAUUAUUCUGUACCAUCUGAUAUGACUGGUAGUCUGAUAUUUCUACGGCAUACUUUACAUGCCCUGCGUAGACGUAUAAAAGAGUUAGAAGAAGAGAAGAAACAUCAGCGGGUUGAAAGAAAACAGGCGAAAGCUCGACAUGCAAUGCUACAAAAACAUAAAAGACUAUUUCAGAAAGAAUUAGAAAAGUUGUCCGCGAUCUGUGACAAGGAGAUGAAUGAUAAAUUUGGUCGAAUAGAUGAUAUUGAAAAAAUGGAAAAUGUUAUGGUCAAUCCUAAACUGGAAGAUUUAACUACAAAAAUGUUGAUAUUACAAGAAGAAUUUAAUAAAGAAGAGGCAAAAAUUGAGGCAAAAAUACGUAUGGCUCGAGAUGAUUGUAUGGGACAAGUACGUCAGAAUACAGUUUAUUUAACUCAGCUGUUAAUGUUAUUCAAUGAGCAUCAACAAUUACAAAAUGAAUUGAAUCAUACACAAGGAAGUAAAAUUGGAGCAAUGCAUAAUUCUUCUGGUUAUGUCGAUGCGAAACAACUGAAACAACUUGUCCAAUUGGCAAAAUUACAAAGUGAAGAAAUUCAUGCAUUGACAAAAGAAAUUCAACAACUUUCAAGAUAA